AUGUCAUUCUACGAUUCCAAUCUCAAAUCCAAAGAACAGAGUUCUGGGGGGUUUCAUGACCAGAGAUCAUUCAAUUUUAGCCAACGUGCGAUGAUGAGAUCAAAAACAAUUCCGAUUCCAUCUCCUUUGAAUUUGCGAUCUCUGCCAAACGAUUUUCUAGAUGGUGAACAAAUACGGUUGAAACCAAUUGACUUGGACUACAAGGACUCAAAGCAACUUCCUUGUUUACCAAUUGGUCCAGAUUCCAGCUAUAAUCUCCAAAGGCCAUCUCACUACCAAAGGACCCAUGUCCAACCCACCCCCAGCACCACUUAUGAUUCAGGUAUCCUGCAAGCGAAUUCCCCUUCACUAUUGCAUUUGAAUGCCCAGAACCAGUCGCACCUGCAACCACAUCUGCCCAAAGUUAUUUCUCCCAUUUGCACCAUAUGCAACUUUUUUAUCGAUGAGGACUUGUUGGAAUUGAGCUGUAACCACAUUUGUCACAGAGACUGCUUUAUAAAUAACAUUUUGACCUGCAAAAAAUGUCCAGACAAUCACUCUUCUUUGGCUCCCAGCUUCUCGGACCUCAAUCCUCAACCAUUGUCCAAUUCUAUCAGUCAUACCUCUCAUGAAUACACCUCGCCAACAUUUUGUCCAGUGGAAGUCCCGAUGACCCCAUCUGACCAGAUGAUCCCAGAUCCAUUAUACCCUCCAACACAUACACUCAAGCAAGAAGUGCAACAAAGGGAUCCCCAGGACUCACAAGAAGAUGUAAAUGGGCGUUUGGGAUAUCCGAAACCUUCACAGAGUUAUUUGCAACAAGAUCGGUUGCUGCAACAACAGCUGCAAUUAUUAUCACCUAGAUCAUCUUUUAAUAAGAAUUUAAACAAGGACUUGUUUGACAGCUUGAUGAAGCCCAAAGUUAAAUUCAUAAGUGAGCACGAAGACUGCAAAGUCAAGGUCGAUUCCCAAGUCAAUGACGAUUAUUGUUUGAAUUACUUGAUCAGUGUCAAACCUCCAACAUUCUACAACUGCAUCAAUGAGGACAAGAACUUGGUGUUGAAAAACCAGAUUCUCGAAGAGAUCAAGUUUGGAAUCUUGAACAAUAUCAUCAACUCCAACGACGAAAACGUUAUUGACUUCAACAGCUUGGGCAAGUUGGUUAUAUUUGAAAUCAUAGGUAUAAGCACUAACGGAACCAACUGGGAUCAGGUGAGAUUAUUGUUAUUUGAGAGUUGUUUGAUCUUGGUUGAUCUUAAAGGUGAAGUUCUAAUUGGGAAGAUUCUGAUAGACCAAGACAUUUUGAACAUGACAAGAUUUGUCAGUGGUAUUCGAUUGGACUUAAAUAAUGACACGAUUCCGGAAUUGCAAAUCUGCUGUGAGAUUCCCUUGAUUAUCAGUAGAUUGGAGUACUUCUUCAAAAAGUUGUUGGAGAAACAGUUCGUCAGCGAAACCUCAUUGUUUCAAUUGACGACCAACGGCUGGGGGUUAAUCAAAGAGAACUACUCCAAUCUUCCUGUUGAUAUUAUUCGUUUCCAGAAUUGUAUUGAAAACAGCUUGGAUAUUCCAGAGUCUUUGUUGGCAAAAUCCAUGCCUUCACCAGAACUCAUUCCUUUAAACUUGAUACUAUCUAUCACGUUGUUGCAAUCUUCAAGCAUCUCAAACAAUGAGUACAGAACCAAAAUAAUUCUGUUUUUGGAUAGGGUGAGAAAAGACUUGAGACCAAUCGAUAGAUUGAGUUUGAUCUUUGUAGGAAUUGAUGGAUCUGGUUUCCCAUGCAAAAAAGGCUCAUUCAUUGGAAGUGUUGAACCAAAUUGGUCUGGAUGGGACUCGAUCUACAAUGAAGUCAAAGUUCAAUCUAAUUUGAACAGCCAACAUAAGCCAAUAUUAACUAGUCACUGGGAUGAGAUGCAGCUCACAUUGGAAAAGUGCAAAGAUUUAUUCCCAUUCUUGAAUUGUAACUCCAAUAACACCACGAAGUUGGUUGUUAUCAGCUGUAAUGAUUACGAACCAACCUUAGUUAACAACGAAAAGUUGAACACCGUCAAGACUCACUUUAAGACUUUGUUGAACGACAGUGAUAAGAAUUUAUCUGUUGACUUUUUCAGAGUCGGAGAUUCUUACACACCCGAGUUGGAAUUUGGUCAAAAGAUAUGCUCCCAGCCUUCAUUGAUAUUCAAUGAUAUCUUGAAGAUUCCUCAUAGUUCACUGUUGAGAAGAUUCAAUAACCUCGAUGAAUUCUCUGAUGAGUUUUUGUCGAUUUUGAAGAGCUCAUAUCACCAAAUCUGUCUUCCAGCUAUCUCAUUAGAUAUCCUGAAGAUCAUUGGAACAAGAGACAUUGUAAGCUUCCACAAGAUAGAAGUUAACGGAAAGAUGCUCGAGAUUGAAAACUUCUCCAACUUAAAGAUAUUUUUCAACAAUAUCACUGUGAACUGCGAGGAGACUAUCAUGUUGAAAUUGAGAUUAAAUAUGACCAAGUUGAAGUCUGAAAACUUGGAUUACAAUGACAAGGUAGUUGAUCUUCCAUUAUUGUCCUAUAUGCCAAGCUGGCUACAUGAGAGUGAUGAUUAUAAGGUAUUACACACCCAAAUCUACCAGAACCAGCAGGCUUCUACCUUCAAUUCCUUUCUCGAUGGAAGCUUGACACCCCCACUGACAAAUGAAUGUAGUGCUUUUUUCACAUCAGAUUUUCCAGUCAAGAGCAGAAAAUAUGUGAGAAAGGAGAUUGAAAUUGAAAUCAUCAAGGGAUUAGCAUUGAUCAGCCAAAACCAAAUGUUACACAACCAGGAUAUUUUAAGGCACUUGAUUGAUUUCAUCUACAAUCGCAAACGCCUAUUUGAGGAGACUGAAUCACUGUCUUUAUCCGAAUCUACAAAGUCCAGUAACAGCAGCUUGAAACAGUCAAAAUUUUCACCUCAUGCUACCGAACUCUCUUCUAACAACUACAUCGACUCCUUAUUGCACAAGCUUGGCAACUUGAUGGAAAUGUUCAACGUAAACGACCCACUGGUAUUGACUGCAUGUAAGGAUUUCAAAAGUUUGUUGACUUAG